AUGUCACCGCUGCUCGGUGCCUCGUCAGCCACCUCUGGGGUCACGCGGCAAACCCUCACGGCCACUGUGGCGCCCUCUGCAACGCUUGCUCUCCUCCCAGAUUUCUUGACCUGCUUCCGUGGGGCGGACUACGAGCAAUCGCAAGAGAUCCGCAUGCUUCGGGGCGGGAACUUGGUCCUAGUGGACUGGUACACCAGCGGUCGCAUGGGUCGCGGGGAGUCAUGGGCCUUCCGCCGGCUCUCUUCCAAUACC